AUGACGAGGCAAAUUGCUGUCAAAGCACUAGGUAUUGGAAAAAAUGUAGUCUGUGAGAAAGCUGCAACUGCAGUGGACUCAUUCAAGAUGGUUGCUGCUGCCCGGUAUUAUCCUCAACUACUCAGCAUAAUGGGGAGUUCACUGCGUUUCCUCCCAACAUUUGUUGCAAUGCAAAAGCUGCUACUUGAGGGAUAUGUUGGAGAGGUGCAGGUGUGUGACGUACGAGUGUAUGGACCCAGCCUUCUGGACGAGUCGUACGGCUGGACAUGCGAAGAGCUAAUGGGAGGUGGUGGACUACACACCAUUGGUAAAAUCCCAGGGAAAAGUGACGUGUCGUACGUGGGAUCAAAGAUGGCGGACGGCAGCUCUGUGGCAGUGAGGAGAUGCGGCUCGGGUUCUGCAGUCAGUAUGGACACAAUAUCAGCGCUGACAGAACUCGAGGAUUUAGAAAACGUUUAUCAGCAGCUUUGUUCAGAAGAGAAUGAAGUGGAAGCUGAACUGGAUCGACUGGUUGCGCAGGAAAGCACCAUCCACACAAAGAUGCUGGCUUUGCAGAGAAUGGGUCCUAAACUCCAGCUAAUUGAGGGGGAUGCCAGCCAACUGUCAGGCAUGAUCACUUUUACCUGUAGCUUGGCUGAAAAUGUCAGCCGCAAAGUGAGACAGCUUGAUUUGGCCAAAACACGUCUGUAUAAUGUUAUCCAGCGAACCGAUGAUAUCUUAGACCUGAAGUUUUGCACAGACGGUGUUCAAACAGCGCUCCGCAAUGAAGAUUUUGAGCAGGCUGCAGCUCACAUUCACAGAUACCUUUCUCUUGACCAAUCCGUAAUUGAACUGAGUCGACAAGGAGAAGAAAGUAGUUCUGUGGACGCCAGUUUGGUUUUGCUCCAAGAGGCAGAGCAAAAACUAAAAGUUAUUGUUUCUGAAAAACUGGAUGAAGCCGUGGCUGCUGUUGAUCUUGCACAGGUGGAAAGGUUCUUUAAAAUAUUCCCCUUGUUAGGACUCCAUCAGCAGGGACUUUCACGCUUUGGAAAAUAUCUCUGUGCUCAGCUUGCUGCUAAAGCUGAAGAGAACUUGAUUUUAGCUACAGGAGGAGAUGUGGGCGACAAGAGGGCGCCUCUUAAAUUUGCGGACACAUUAACGCUUUUGCUUGAAGGUAUUGCACGUGUAAUUGAAACUCACCAGCCAAUAGUGGAAACCUAUUAUGGCCCAGGGCAUCUCUAUACAUUGAUAAGACAUCUACAGGAGGAGUGCGACAAGCAAUCUCAGAAAAUUGUUGAAAAGUUUAUUCAACAGAGAGGAUAUCACAAUAAGUUCCAGGUAGUCCAAAACAGCAUGUUGAAAACUCUUCCAGGUGAAAGGACUGAGCCCAGGGAGUUGGAUCCAGUCCUGGCAGAAGUGACAUUGAUGAACGCAAGAGCAGAGUUAUAUCUACGGUUCUUACGCCGCCGGAUGCUUGCAGACUUUGAAGUUGGCGAUAUACAGAGCAUUACAAAGGAGCACCAGCAGAAUGUAGAGAAACUUCUUAAACAUUGUCAACUGAGUAGAACAAUGCAAGAGCUAAUUGGCUACUACAUUCCAAUGGAGGAGUACUACAUGAGAGAAUCUGUAAACAAGGCCGUUACCAUGGACUCGUAUGAGAAAGGCCAGCUCACAUCCAGCAUGGUGGAUGACUGUUUUUACAUUGUGAAAAAGUGUAUUAGUAGAGCAUUAUCCAGCUCGAGUAUAGACUGCUUGUGUGCCAUGAUCAACCACGCUAACUCUGUGCUGGAGUCGGACUUCAGGGAAGUAUUGUUUAAUAAGUUGCGACAAGGUUUUCCAGCUACUACCCUCCAGGACAUCCAGCGUGGUGUCAGUAGUGCCGUCAGUUUGAUGCAAAGUAGCUUACAGCAGGGGAAAUUCAACACCAUGGGUAUAGAAAGCACUGAAAACGCAAAGGCUGCCUUUUUGGUGACCUUGAAUAAUGUUGAGGUGUGUAGUGAGAAUAUUUCUACUUUAAAAAGGAACCUUGAGAAUGACUGCGGCAAGCUGUUUACACAGGGCACCAGCUCUGUCGAACAAGCUAAAAUUGAAAGCUGUUUGUCAGAUCUUGUCAACACUUCCACAAAGUUUAACGAUCUUUUACAGGAGGGUUUAACGGAGUUGAACACGACAGCCAUAAAACCUCAAGUUAAACCAUGGAUUAGCAGUUUUUUGUCUAUUUCACAUAAUAUUGAAGAGGAUGAGUUUAAUGAUUAUGAAGCCAAUGAUCCUUGGGUGCAACAACUCAUUGUCAACUUGGAACAGCUCAUGUGUGAGUUUAAGAUGGCCCUCUCACCGGUUAUUUAUGACACCUUGACCUGCCUAAUGACCACCUUGAUAUCUAUUGAACUGGAGAAAACAGUCCUCAAGUGCUCAUUUAGUCGGCUUGGAGGGUUGCAGUUUGACAAAGAGCUUCGGUCUCUUGUAGCUUACCUCACAACUGUUACAACCUGGACAAUCAGGGAUAAGUUUGCUCGUCUUUCCCAGAUGGCCAUCAUUCUCAACUUGGAGCGGGUAACUGAAAUCUUGGACUACUGGGGUCCCAACUCUGGUCCUUUGACAUGGAGACUAACACCUGCUGAGGUGCGACAGGUUCUAGCUCUCCGGAUUGAUUUUAGAAGUGAAGACAUCAAAAGGCUGCGCCUAUAA